UCGUGAUUACAGUACAGAAUUGAGUGGCAGUUUGUUAGCUUAAAGGAAAUAAUCGGAUGCAAUCUUACCGAGAAAUGAUUGCCAGUUUUGCAUGUUGGGGUUUUGCGACUUCUUAUUCGUAUAUAAUGGGCAAUGGGCUGCAGUAGCUAGCGAACCAAAUAUUAACGCCAACACAUCCUCCCGCCGCCUUCUAUCGCUGCUUUUCGCUUGCAAAACGGUCACACAGUUCGUCCAUUCUUCUUUAAAGUGCACUUGAAAGACUCUGAUUACCACCGUGUGCUUUUUUGUUUCUUUUUGUGUGGACACAAAUCUACUCUUUGUUCCUCUAUCUAAUAACCACGCACAACAAGUGCUGUCUUAGAUCUCGGAUCGUCAGUGUUUGUAUUUCUUUGAAAUUCGUAUUUGUCUUCGUUUACAACUGUGUUUUCUUUCCCUUUCUCUCUUUUAUUCUGUUGUCGUUUUCUUUUUAUUUUUUUUCUUCUUUCUUUCUUUCUUAUUUUCUUCUCAUUUAGUUUCUGAUUCUCUUUCAUUGAAACGAAGAAAUUACGUCCUAUAGAAGGCAAUUAGCAGUAUUUUGGACUAUUUCGUGGUUUGUUUUUUGCGGUCACUAGAAAGAAAAAAUUGGUUACAGUCGCUUAGGAAAGGAAGUUCGCUCUUGAGGUUUACUUAGUACCAUACAGUCACCAGGAGUCCUUUGUUUUUCUGUUUUUAUACGUCCAUCUCUUGGUUUAGUUACUCAAAUUACCAAGGUCUCGGCAUCGUACAGUCCCCUCUAAUCCUUUUAGAUGCAAGAUAUCUAUUAUUGCUCUAUUCGUUCAUACACAUUUACUUUCUCUCCUUUUCGGAUUCGUUCGUCUCUUUUCAGCACGGUGUGCAGAAGUUUUUGUUCCUAAGCAGUAUUCAAGCGAUUUCGUUUGUCAUUGGAACACCUUUUUACAACACCCGUUUUCAUUAUAAUAACUUUCCUAGUCUCCGUUUUCAUUUUCAGUUCUUCACAUUACCAUGGAAGAUUUGGAUUACGACUACGAAGGAAUGCCUGUAAGUUCUCCUACUUACGCGCAUCUGUUGGCCGGUGCAUUCGCCGGAAUUUGUGAACACACCGUUAUGUACCCGGUGGACGCAAUCAAAACACGGAUGCAGCUGCUGAACUCCACUGGCCGUGGUGUUAGCGGCAGCGUGUUUGGUUCUGUUGCCAAAAUUUCCUCGGCUGAAGGUUUUACUUCUUUAUGGAGGGGCGUCACAAGCGUUGUUAUGGGUGCAGGACCUGCACAUGCUAUCUAUUUCUCGGUAUUCGAGUUUGUAAAGUCGCACGUAAAUGGCUCUAGUGAUCGACCAUUAGCAACGGCAUUCGCUGGCGGCAGUGCUAUUACAAUUAGUGAUGCUUUUCUUACACCUUUCGACAUGAUUAAGCAACGCAUGCAGUUGCCAAAUCACCGGUAUCGCUCUGUGUUCCAUUGCGCAAGUUCUGUGUACAAAAACGAAGGCAUUGGCGCGUUCUUCAUCUCAUAUCCGACCUCUAUCGCCAUGUCUAUACCUUUCACUGCCGCCCAAGUUGCAGCAUACGAUUACUGCAUGGGCAUCGUUAAUCCAACGGGCGUGUAUGCUCCAUGGUCACACAUUGUAUCGGGUGGUGUCUCGGGUGCGUUAGCAGCUGCGAUUACUACGCCCCUGGACGUUGUGAAAACAUUGCUUCAAACUCGCGGUUCGUCUUCCGUUGCUGAGGUUCGGUCAUGUCGCGGCUUAAAAGAGGCAAUUGCAAUCAUUCACAGGUUGGGCGGCUUCCGUGCCUUUUUCAAGGGCAUACGUCCGCGAGUCAUCGUUUCCAUGCCUGCAACAGCUGUCUCUUGGGCGUCAUAUGAGUUUGGUAAAGAAGUCUACAAACGGUUAUCGCCAAGGGAUUACUGAGUUAAGUAUUUUUUUUUUUUAUUUCAUUCUUUCAUUCGUUUUGUAAACACAUUCCAGUGUUUAAAAAAAAAAAAGGAUACGCAUUGUUUAUUCAUAAGAACAAAAAAAAAGCAGUUUGGAUGUUCUGCUGCAAUGUUGUUGAUGAUGUUAAUUUGGGUUCUUUAGGUUUUGCUACUAAGCUGUUUUAGAUUUGUUCCACUUCAAUAAUUUUAUAUAUUCUCUCAUACAAACAUACAGUAGAGCUAUUGACUGGGUAGUGUA